GGAAAACAUCGGUAAUGGGCCUCGGAUAUUUUUGUUGCCCAUGCAUUGCUCCUCCCUUAUUGGAGCGCCACGAAUGUGAUAAUGCCUCCCAACCCGAUGUAGAAUUGGCACUGUUGGAGGAUUUGAAAAUGGUUAAUAUCCUGGUUGGUCCCUGUCCUGGAGAAGGGGUAGGAUCAUCUCCCGUUCGGCAAGCGUGUACUGAACCGUACCUGUUGAUUGAAAGGCAAAAUCCGCGCCUCAGUCACGGCACUCAUUAGAAUGCUAUGACGGACAACGCGAUCGACUGGAAGGAGUGGGAGGGACGCAUCGUCCCCAGACAGUUUACUCCAGGAUUUGUGGUGCUGUCAUACCUGGUCAGCUUUAUCGGAGCAUGGACGACUUUGGAGCUCCUUCACCGGCGGACUGCCGGUAAAGGCCUCUACAACUGGUUGCUCCUCUUUAGCUCGUCGAUCUCUAUGGGAGGCAUUUCCAUCUGGUGCAUGCACUACAUCGGCAACCGCGCAAUUGUCCUAGGCGAUGGGCAUCUCGGAAUCCAGAUCGCAUACAACCAGGGCUUCACAGCUCUCUCCUUUUUCGUUCCGAUCAUAGUGCUCCUAGCCGCCUUCAUGGCCGUUGGGUCUGACGACAAAAUCAGCAGGGUCCGACUCCCAGUUGGCGGAGCCCUGGCUGGAUUGGCAAUCUGCGGGAUGCAUUACCUUGGGCAAGCUGGAAUUUCGAACUAUACGUGUAUUUAUAGCGUGGGAUAUGUGGUAGGCUCAGCGGUUAUCGCUGUUUUCGCCAGUAUCACGGCACUGUCCGUUUUUUUUGCCCUGCGUGCGGCCUGGACCGACUCAUGGUGGAAGAGAGCUAUGUGUGCUGUCAUUCUAGGGUGCGCCGUGUUUGGAAUGCAUUGGGUUGCGUCCGUUGGAACAAAUUAUCGCCUGAAAAUGGCCAAUCCUGGCAAGUCCCAUGACAUUCCAAGGAACUCGACUGUUAUCGUUAUCAUUGUUCUGUCUGUUGCUGCCUGUGUUAUCAUUCUUGGCCUCACCAUCAUUACACAGAGGAGAAGAACCCGUUCUGCAAACAGAGCUCAGCAAGUUCUCUUGGCCUCUGCAAUAUUCGAUCCCAAUGGGAGACUCAUGGUGACACCUGAAGGCCUCCUCCCAAAUCAGAAGGUCACGACUUCCUAUGUUGAAUGGUCUUUCGACGAAGUGUUCGGAACCUCCCACCCAGUAUUUCAGUGGAUUUUCCGCACCACGCGCAAUUGGAGCAGCAUCUCUACUCUCAUUCCUGGCAUGCGUACUCACAUCCAACAAACCAGGAAGUACCGUCCUGAGCUAAAGUCAGAAACCGAUCCCCAUGACAGCGAGGACGUGUAUGCAGAGAACUAUUCGGUUAUUUUCCGCGAACUAUUCUGUACUGCCGCCGCAGAUCUUGCAGAACAGUUAAACCAACCCUUGGAAAAUGUUGGCGUCCUCUUCGACGAGAUAUUAAACACUGGCGAGAUGCACAACACGGAGCCUGGAGCCAGACGGAAAGGAACCAAAUCCUCCGCGGACGAAGAGACAAAUGUUGCAGCAGCCCGUGUUCUCAGUAGCAAAGGACAACUCCUUAUCCUUGUCCGCAGCGUGGAUAGACCAGAGGCCGACCGCCUUGCAGCCUCUGGCUAUCGCUUUGCCGAAGUAAAAGGCGUUGCCCCUAUCCUAUCUCGCAGCAUGCAGAUCAACUGCGAUGACCUCCCGGGACAGCUCACUAACAUGUACGAAUACUCUAAGGACACGCCCAUUAUGAACCCUGGUGUCCACUUGGCGUUAUUCGCCCUUAGAGCCCGUGUGCGUGGCGGUUUUGAUAUCCUUGUCCCCAAGAAUCGCAGAAACCAGCUCCCUGCCAUGAAGUUACCAAUUGACAGCCUCAGGGGCUGGGAGAGCGAGUAUCUUUCUCAACUCGACGGGAUGUCGGUCUCCGCGUGUCUGAAAUUUCUGAAUGCGAAAUCGCCCAACGCCGUAACCGUAUCAAAGGAGCAGCUAUUCGCCAUAGAAUUCCGCGACGCACUCGUCGCUUUGAAAGACGAAAUCGACGACCCGAUCUUCAACGAUGCCCUCCUCAUCGCCCACCCCCUAACCGUGCCCUGCCGCGGUCCUAACCCCGACGCACCGCCAGGCCGCGCAGCAAUAAUCACAUUCCGCCUCAUUGUGCCAAUCCAGUUCCGCGCACACGGCCAGAAACUCGAAUUCGUCCCCCUUAGCUUCUUCCGUACCCAGCAAUACGUGUACAGGAAUAGCCCAGAUCACCAACACUUUACGCGUAAGGUACAUCGCGAGUUCGCGCCGAUACUUAGUAAGCGCAGGCCGAGUGUCGAUGAUGGCAGGAAGAGCAUUAUGAGCUCGGGGCGGAGAGAGUCGAGCGAGGGAUUCAAGCGCUUGGAAUCGGUGUAUGGCGAUAACGCGAUGGAUAUGCCGAUGCCGGCGCUGCCGCCGAGGGCACAGCGCCGGUUUUUGGGCGUGCGAUUUGGGCGCAGGCAUGAGAAGAGGGAGGCGCUGACGCCGCCACGGCUUAGUUUAGAGAGUGGCUCUGAGGCUAUGCUAGUGGAAGAUCAGUUUGGAGGGAUCAUGGUGAGCCAGGAAGUCAGUGUUAUUGUUGGGCGUGACGAGGAGGGUGGUGGAGGCGACGAUGGACAACGUGGGACGGAGCUGGUCAAGAUGAUGCCGCAGGCGAAGAUGGGGACGAGGGGAGGCGCGACGAAGGAGUUGGAUGAGCCGGAGACGUAUGUUGAUCGACUGAUUGCUAUUUGUGUUAAGGCUAGGGGAUAGGUCGGAGUAUGCUUUUGUAUAACUUGAUGAUUUAGUACGAGGAGGCGUUUCUGGAACUUGGGGGGUGGGGGUCGGUGGUUGGAGCUGGAAGGCGCGGAGUUGGCGGCGGGCUGCAAAGAAAAUAUAUAUAAAUGGCGGGCGGGUGUAAUGGGA